AAUUAAGAUACCGCAUGUCCAUUCAUUUUAUGUACCUAUUAAACUUCAUAUUAUCAAAUAUGGAGCUCACUGACAAGACGAUAAUUAGCUUGCUAGUGAACAUAGCUGACGCCACAUGGUUUGGUCCCACAAACAGUCCUUUGAGCUUGAGCCACACACAGGUCGUGUUUGUUUGUUUGUUUGUUUAAAAAGUGAGUCUGUUAAAAGAGUGUCAGGCUUGGUUUUCGCCGGUUUCCACGCAGGGAGCUGCCCCAACUCGUGAUUGGAGGAUAGCAUGCCACGUGCACAUAUCUUUACUAUGUCAGACGUGCCAGAAGAGCACAUUUGAUUACCUGUCAGGUUUCUGUGUUGGACGCUUGAGAGAUCUAACAAAGAUCUGGACUGCAGGACCGUGGAGUAACCUCCGAAUCAUCCAUCCACUUGAACUUUUAAUGCCUUAAAAGGUUGUCUUCAUAACAACCACGAUGGCUUCGAGUUCCUUUGACAUCGACGCACCACGAUGGGAUCAGUCGACGUUCAUGGGCCGACUGAAACACUUCUUCAACAUCACAGAUUGCACAACGGCGCUCUUACCUGACUCACGCCUGGACGAGGCCAAAGCUCUAGUAGAAAGCUGCAGGGCGGGAUCCACCCCUCCAGGCACCACAGAGGAGCAGCUCCACUACGCUAAGAAGCUCUACGACUCAGCCUUCCACCCGGACACAGGAGACCGUAUGAACCUGAUAGGCCGCAUGUCAUUCCAGGUCCCUGGAGGCAUGGCCAUCACCGGCUGCAUGCUGCAGUUCUACAGGACGGUUCCUGCUGUGGUGUUCUGGCAGUGGGUCAAUCAGUCCUUCAACGCUCUGGUGAACUACACAAACCGAAACGCUGCCUCCCCCAUCACUUCAAAGCAGAUUGGAAUCGCCUAUGUAACAGCAACCAGCACAGCAUUAGCAACAGCAGUCGGACUCAACCUCUACACAAAGAAAGCUCCUCCUCUUGUGGCUCGCUGGGUCCCUUUUGCAGCCGUGGCAUCAGCUAACUGUGUUAACAUUCCCAUGAUGAGGCAACAGGAGAUUCUGAAUGGUAUCGCUGUCACAGAUGAAAACGGCAACAAACUGGGUCACUCUAAGAAAGCAGCAGCAAAAGGCAUCACACAGGUGGUCAUCUCUCGGAUCACAAUGGCUGCACCAGGAAUGAUCAUCCUUCCCAUCAUCAUGCAAAGGCUGGAGAAGUACAAGUUCAUGCAGAGAAUCACGUUUCUGCAUGGACCCAUUCAAGUGAUGCUGGUGGGAGGAUUUUUGAUCUUCAUGGUGCCCGCUGCCUGCUCCCUGUUCCCUCAGAAAUGUUCUAUGGCUGUGUCAAAGCUGGAGCCCGAGCUCAGAGACUCUAUCGUGUCUAAGUACGGAGACAAAGUACAACACGUCUACUUCAACAAAGGCCUCUGAGCCUUAGACGCCUGAUUAGCUUUGUCAAAUCAACAUCCAAGACCUGAUACAUAUGUUAUUAUGUAGUCUAUCCUCGAUUUCAUCUAAAGUCAUGAUGAAAUGCUUAUUAUGGAUACUUCUUCUUCUUCACAUCAGUGCUUAUCUGUGGGAACUUGGAUAAAUCGUGCCACUUUUUUAUCUGCUUCUCUUUCUUUGUUCAAAUCAUUUCUAUUUUCUUACCUUGAAUGGAUACAUGGGUCACUGUGUUCUGUUGAGAAACCGAAUGAUCUCACCUCAGGAACAAGGCAUUAUUUUCAGAGAUAACUCUGUUACUUUGUCCUUCAUGAUGUGAGUCCUCUGUAGUUGUCUUCAUUGGCUGUUUGUUGGUGUCUUAAUGUUGGAAAAUGCUCUUAAAUCUACCAAACCUCUUCUGUGCCUUCUACAAAGUGGCCAGAGAAACAACUCUGCUGGGUUUUCUUUAUUUUUUAAACCAAUAGUGUCUCCACUGUGAAAUGAGAAAAGUAUAUUCUAUGCAUGGGUUAACUUAGAAACUGGCAUCCAGCGUGAUAAAAGUGUAGGAUACUGCCCUCUUCAGUCAAAAUGGAGGUAGAUCUUUUGUGACUCUUUAGCAUGGUUUGUCUUUCAGUUUUGCCAUUAGAUCUUUUUAUUGGGUUACCUCAGACUUGUGCCACAGUACUCAUGAUGUGCUGGAAUAAAAUAAUAAAUAUUU